GAGGCGGUGGAACUGGAAUAGGCGUGCUCAGCCACACCUCCUCAGCCCUCCAGCUGUUAAAGCUCCCAAGGAAGGCGAGCACGGGGCUGCUGCUUGGCUGGGGUUAGGAGGAGCGGAGGUGACUGUGUUACUGGUGCAUUGGGAAGUUGCCUUUCCAGCCGGAGCCUCCCUGCUGCCUUCUCCGGGCAGGACCCAAAAAGGUAAUUCAAGCUUUGGGGAAACAUUUCUCAGGAGCGUUGUUCAAGAAGACAAGAGAAUGGCAACGUCAUCGCCUCCCCAAGGCUGCGGCAACAUUGAUGCUGAUUACUACCUGCUCUGUGACAUGCAGCAGGCCUGGGGGAUUGUCCUGGAGUCACUAGCUGCAGCUGGAGUCUUCGUCACUAUUUUCCUCAUGGGCUCACUCUUCUUUCUCAUCUGUAAAGUCCAAGACAACAGCAAACGGCAUAUGAUCUCCAUCUAUUUUUUCUUUCUCUUAGGCACACUCGGCAUUUUUGGUCUCACUUUUGCCUUUAUCAUUAAACUCAAUGAAAGGACUCGCCCCACUCGCUUCUUUCUUUUUGGAGUUAUCUUUGCUCUCUGCUUCUCAUGCCUCCUCACCCAUGCCUGCAACCUCAACAGACUAGUGAGAGGAAGAAAGCCGUUCUCCUGGCCGGUGUUGCUGCUUCUCAUUGUUUCCUUUGCCCUGGUACAAGUUGUGAUCAGCAUUGAGUACUUAGUCACCAUGCUAGUAAACCAGAAAGAGCAAUUUAUGAGUAUGUCUGCAGAGGAGACAAACAAGGACUUUGUCAUGCUUCUGAUUUACGUGCUCUUCUUGAUGGCUCUGACCUUCUGUGUUUCCAUGUUCACAUUCUGCGGUUCAUACAAAAGCUGGAAGAGGCAUGGGGCGCACAUCUUUGUCACUGUCCUGUUCUCUAUUGCCACUUGGGUAGUGUGGAUCACUAUGCUCACAAAAGGCAACAGGGUUUUAAACAGACCUAACUGGGAUGAUCCUGUUGUGGCCAUUGCUCUGGUGUCCAAUGGAUGGAUUUUCCUGAUAAUGUAUAUAGUGCCUGAAAUUUGUUUCCUCACUGCGCCUGUGAAGCUAGGGGACUAUCCUCCAGAAAAUGACUUCUGCCAACCCAAGUUCAUAAAGCAAACAACUGGAGUGGAAAAUCGUGCCUACACUCAAGAUGAAAUUAUGCAAGGAGACACAGGAGACAACAGCUACUCCCCAUACUCAUCUCACUUUCAGAUGAAGAACAUCGAACCCCAAAAUGAUUUCUCCAUCCCAAGGCCCAAGACCCGGACAAGCCCAUACGAGGACUACACUGGUGGGAAAGGCCCCAUGUAGCAGCUCCACAGUGAACAAAGAGACUAAGCACCUGUCAGCAGAGGCAUAGGGAAGUGGCAGCAUGGUGACAAGUGAGUUGUUCCUGCAGAAGACACAGUCAAUCCACACUGCCAAAAGAGGAGACGGGUCCUCUUUUCUCCACACAGGCACCCUUGUAGCCCACUGUCAUUCCUCAAACACAACUUUCAGACAUUGCUGUGGCUGUCCUGACCCUGCUCACUCUGUUUCUCUGUGGGAUGGAGCUCAUUUCUACUGACGGAGGAACGUGCUUGGAAGAUGCUGUCCUGGCCUAUUUUUAGCAGGAAUGCUGUAGGACUAGAGCAGCAGGAAGAUCAUCAGCCAGGACUGUGACCGGCUCUGCCCCAGCCAGGACUCAAUUUGAUUAGUUUGUGGAGAUGCCUGCUCCUCAUGUCUGAUGGGAGAAAAGGCAGGAUGAGAAGCGUCAGCCCUACACUUCCCUCCUCCUGCCCAUUCAUGAACACAUCUUAGGUACUACAGAGGACAUACUUCUCUAUCCACCAUUAAUUUAGUGCCAACUCCCAGCCCUGCCUGUCUCUCCUCCAGAGAUCACUGGAGAAAUAAUACAGAGAAAAAAGACAGAGUGAGUGUAGUCCUUUUUUGUUCUUCAUGUUCACUUCCAACGCCUCCUUCACCACCUUGAGACCACAGAGGAGAGGGGGAACAAAACUUAAAAACAUUAAAACACCUACACCUAUUUACCUUGGCACAUUUUCUAGUUUGCUCUCUAGCAUCAACCUCCUUCCUAACUCUGAUUGCUGACCAUGCACUGCAGGUGAGCUCUCUCGGGUGCCUGCCCUACCCCACAAUGCCCCACACACAUCCCUGCCACCCCAGUCUGUGGAUCCCUGCAGGCAAAGCCUCUUCCAUGCAGUUGCUUGCAAUACCCUGGUGGGAUUUAAGCCUGUGAGCCUUGGAGCUCUGCCUCCUCCAGAGUGUGACUUUGGCAUUAAUAGAGACAUUUUACAAGCUGCCAGGUUGCAGAGUGCAGACAUCUUUUUUUCCCAGUAGUGAAUGAACAUGUGCAUGUCUGUGUGUGCAUGUGUGUGUCUGUGUGUGUGCUGUAUGGUCUGCACCCUGGCAAUGAGCAAUGAGUUGAGUCAUUCUAUAGCCUGUUUUGCAUUUGGUAAAUAGCUUUCCAUGAUAUUUCAUAUAUGAAUACAUAGAGCUCUCCAAGUGGGUAUGUAUGGUACAAUGGUGUCUGACACAGCUACAUAUUUAUUUAGUACUUUCUAUGUGGAAUAUUUAAUUAAUAAAAACACAAACAGCCUGAAUACAAAAGACUGGUGUUCUUCCUCGGGAAUGUAAUACCUUUAAUGGAUGGGGGGUGACAGCAACAGCUCUCCAUAGAUUGGAGUGGACUACCUGGGAGAUUUCAACAGGAGGGGAAAUGGCAAAGAGGUGCUAACUUCUUUGAAGCUGUGAUUGUGGAACAGAAAUCAGCCACUCGAGGGUGUAGAAGGGGGUUAGUAGCUUUUCUAUGCCACUUUUCUUGAAUAAAGAAAGCUGAUCCGAUGUUAGAAGUGCUUAAGAACUGAAGAAAUGUAAACCCAAGUGACAGUAAGCAAAUGCAGGAAGAACAACAUGAUGUUUUCACCACUGUGUUUGUCUGUGUGGGAAAAUAACAGAAGAUUGGUGAGGAGGAUUGUAAACACACUCAAGUGACUUGCAGCUAAGGUGUAGAAAAACACAUAUAUCAUGCUAAUUGCUGUUUAGCCUUGUGUGCUUGACAAGUAGAACAUCUGUGUUUGGAUAGCAUAGGCCUGUGAUAGAGCCAGAGGCAACCUACAAAGAUGCUUGAGAUCCCUGCUCUGCUGCAAGGAAGAUCAAAGCAUGGUGGUAAACU